AUCUUGCAUUUACAUAAAAUACCCCAUAAUAAACACUUAUUUCAUGAUGUUUUGUUUGUUCUUUUUAAUAGAGUUUAUCUGUUCUGUUGAUAACUUUUUAGGAUGGGUGGGUGUCAAAAGUACUUUUUGAGGUUGAGGUUCUUUUUCUGUUAAUUUGGUUUCUUGAUCUGCAAUGUUUUGUUGAUAUUCGAGACUUGGUUUAUCUGACAUGAUAAAGAAAAGAAAAGAGAUAAAAAAUACAUAAUAGCAUCAUUGGUCAUUUUUCAUGGAAAAGUUCGAUUUAACUAUAGCAGUCAAAUCAAUAUAGAUUUUUUUUUUUUUCUUUAGAUCCUUGAUUCAAUGUCAAGAAAGAAACGUACUCGAGAUCUAAGUUCUCGACAACUUUUAGAAGGUCUUUGUCAACUCUAUAGUGGUGGCUCAACCUCAUUCUACAAUUCACUUGUACAAGAUCUAGCUGAAUUACAUGCAUCCACUCAUCCCAUCAGCAAGAAACCAAAGCGAGACGUGCGUGGUGUAUCACUUAAAUUACGAUCCUUGCUUGAUGUCGCUCAAUCAGAACACGAUAAAGAUAACACAUUGAUUACCAAAGUCACACGAUCUUGUAAAUACACACUACAUCCCGUACUACAACAACAACAGCAUCGAUAUAUGAGUCAAUUACAACAUCGCCAUACCAUGUUUUGUCAGUAUGGAACAAAAACAGGCCUUUCAUCACUCCCAGACCGUGUGCGUCGAUACUAUUUGUUUCUUAGUCUAGAGCAACAAGAAGACAGAGAUAAUGAGUUUGGAUUGUCUAUGGUAGGCGAUACAUGCUGGACACCGAGUGAAAAGAGUCGAUUCUUUUGUGCACUUGAACGAUGUGGUAAAGAUGUACAGGCCAUCAGUCAACGUGUCGGACCCACCAAAACGGUAGUGCAAGUAGCAGCGUAUCUAGACAUGCUAGACAUGGCAGCUAAAAAAAGUGACCCCGUUGAGAUCAAUGAAGCCUACUCUGCUCGAGAAAUGUCACCCUUGUUUAUCUUGCAAGAGAAUAUCAUGGCUUCUACUCUAGAACAGCUACUGGAGACAGAAUCGCAUGCUAAACAUCAGUCGUUGUUAUCAGAUCCACCUACUAUUCUAGAGAAUGCAUUGGAUGUCAUGGAAGUAUGGAAUAUGUCUUCUCUCACUCGAUUGUUUGGUGGUAUCAAUGAUAUGACAGUGCUAGCAAGUACAGUGGUGCAAUUACAUGAAUUAUUACAGCGAUUUGUAUCAGAUAUUAUCAUGUCAUUACAUACUGAACUAGUGAAUUCAACAGACAAGACAGUUAGCCGUUCACUCAUGAAUCGCACCAUUGCUAAACAACAAAAGGAAGGGGAUGUUCGACUUAAAGAAAUGGACAUUGUCAGUCUAUUAGAUGGAAGAGAGCAUUUCCACCAUUAUUACACUGCUAAUAAAUCAGCUAGUUUCUUGGCUAAAAGACGAAGAAAAGCAUGGUUAGUAGCAGAUCAACAACAACAACAGGAAGAAGAAGAAGAAGAUAGUAUGCUACAGCCUUUUGAUUAUGAAGAUGAGUUACCAGGUUAUAUGUGUAUAGUACAAAAUGAAGAAAUAGACAAACCAGAAGAAUUAGACACUGAAGAAAAUGAUGAUGAUGAUGAUGAUACACAAUUAGAAGACAACAUGUUGACAUUAGAUCAAAUCAAUGAACAAACACUGUUAAAGAGCCUUGGGUUUUUUGACAUAGACACAAUUGCUCAACAUGCUAAAUAAUACCAUUCGUUUAUUCAAAUGAUUUCAAGCUUCGAAUAAAUCUAUCCACUGCAAUUCUAAAGAGUUCAUUGGAAAUAUUACCAGGAGGAGAAGAAGGUAAAGCACUUGUUUGUGUAAUAGACGUGUGUUCUUCAGAAGAAGAAGGAGGGGGCUGUGAUAACAAACCAUGACUGAUUUCCCAUCGUGUGUCAUCAAACCGCAUUAAGCCAUUCUUGACGACAAAUUCAACAUAGAGUUGAAUGUAGAUCUGCUUCAAUACAAGUCUCAAGUUUUCGGUAUUGGGAUCUGAAUUCAUAACAAACUUGAGUCCUGUAGGUGUCUCAUAAUAAUGUAAGCGAUAUGUCGUUGUCUUGUAAGAAAUAAAUCCAUCUUGGCUGAUAUAUUAUGAGUCUCCUCCACCCUUUUUAUAUAUAUAUAUAUA